AUGCGUUCAGCUGCAAAGUGCGCCGCCGAGCUGAGCUGCUGGGCAGCCGCCAAGCGGCUGCUGCGCUUGGCCCUGUGGGACGUGAUCGACCCCCGCUGCUCUUUCCGGAAGCGCUGGGACGUGUUGAUGGUGCUUCAGCUGGUGUUUCUGGUGCUGGAGGUGCCUUAUGUAGUGUGCUUCGGCAUCCAGUACAGGCCCCAGGAUCCCCUUGGGGUGCUUGAGAUAAUCAUUGACAUCACGUUUGUCAUGGACAUCUGGUUGAGCUUCAGGACUGGCAUAGUGGACACGCGGCCGCAGGUGCUCAUCGCCGACCGCCGAGUCAUUGCGCGCCGAUACCUCUCAACGUGGUUCGUGCCUGACCUCUUCACCUGCUUCCCGUACGAGUGGUUUCUGCAGGGCCCGGCCGGCCUGUUGCAGCUCCUGAGGGCGUUGCGAGUCAUCAAGGCGCUGCGCAUGCUGCGGCUGGUCAAACUGGUCAAGAUCAGCCGGUCGUCUCUCCUGAUGCAUCACAUUGCCCAUGCAUUGGGGCCACAUUUGCUGCAGCUGCUGAAGCUUGUCUUGCUCGCCACGACCCUGACGCACUACAUUGCCUGCUUCUUCUACUACUUAGCGCGCCUGGGCAGCGGCGUCAAGAACUGGGUGGCUGCACUCCACUUGCAGGACAAAAGCGACGCCGUGAAAUACGUGACCGCCUUGUACUGGACUGUGUCGACGCUAGGCACAGUCGGCUACGGCGAUGUCCACAUCAUCUCCACCAAGGAGCGGGUCAUCGCCAUUUUGACCAUCUUGCUGGGCCUGACCGUUUUUGCUUCCUUCGUAUCGUCUGUGUCCAAGCUCGUGGAAGCUAUGGAUGGCCGCGCAUCCAAGGCCCGAAGGAAGCUGCAGAAACUGGACGCCUUCCUCGGGAAGCGUGACCUGCCGCGCCCCCUGAUGCGCCGCAUCACUGAGUUCCACCGCCACACCUCCGCGCGCCAGCUGGCGCCGGAGGAGCUCGCCAUCGUCAACGAGCUGUCCGCUCCGUUGAGGACCGAGCUGGUGCUUUUCCUGUUCCGCUCAGUGCUGGAGCGGGUCCCGUUUUUCAGCGGGAAGGGCGGCGUGUUCGUCGCUGCGGCGGUGCCACACCUGCGGCUCGAGCACUUUGAGGAGGGGGAGGUGGUCAUGCGGCAGGGCGAGUCUGGGGACCACCUCUGGUUUGUCGCGCACGGCAGCCUGGAGGUGCGGCUGUACCACCCAAGGACCGCCUCGUCAGCGCCGCAGCGGCAUGGCGAGCCGCAGCGGCCCGAGCCCGAAGGGAGGACGCCUGCGGCGGCUGCUGGCCGCCGCCACACCGCUCCGCCUGCUGCCGCUGGAGAGGGCACAGCGGGCGGUGGCUACGACGUGCUCGGCGUGCUGCAGGCGGGGGACUAUUUUGGGGAGUGGUCGGCGCUACUGGGGCAGCGGCGCACGGCAACGGUCGUGGCGUCGUCGCCCUGCGAAUGCUACAGCCUGAGCAGGGCGAGCGUGGCGGCGGUGCUGACGCAGUGGCCUGAGCUGGCGGCCGAGUUUGAGGGGAUGCUCCAGGUGCAGCCCGGCGAGUCCGGCCCAAGCUUUGUGCCUGGAGGCGUGCUAAGGCUGGCGCCGCAUGGGGCCAUGGUAGCACAGCGUGCUCGCAGCCGCCUCCAGUCGCUGGCAGCGGGUAACACCACCCAGGGCGUUACGGCCGAGCGGUGGCCGCCAGGCCUGCAGGACCACCCUCGCCGCCCCAACAGCCACCAGCAGCAGAUCAAGGGCAAGAACCCCUGGCAGCACCACCUGCACCCGCUGCAGCCGUCGGCGGCGGGCCCGCAGCACCACUGA